AAACAUACCUUCACACAUUCUUUGAAAAUACAUUUCAUCAAUCAUCUCCAUACCAUGGCCAUAUCCCAUAUCGAACUGUUAAACUCCACAUCCACUCGCUAAUCACUACCUACACCAACCUCUAACACGCAAUUACAACUAUGCCCUGAAACAAGACCAUCUCUCCAGUUCAAAUUAACAAUAAAAAAUAGCAGGAAGAAAUUUGGAAUCUUGCAAACUAUAUAUAUGUUAACACGUCUACUUUUCCACCGUCGUUGAACUGAAUCGUGCGAGAGACAAAUAUCCACCGAGGAGGCGAGAGCUCGAAGGGGAAGCGAGACGACCGCCAUGGUAGGCGCCACCAACGGCGCCAACGGCGGCGGGAAGGUGAUCAGCCUGCCGCUGCAGUACUUCUGCGUGCUGGCGGCGGCGGUGGUGGCCGUCAUGGUGCUGUCACUGGCCUUCAUGUCGCCGGCGGCCAUGGUGGCCGUCCGCCAGAACCUCGGCUCAGUGGCCGCCGGCGCCUCCGCCGGGAGCAGCAGCAACAGCAGCAGCGGCGCGGAGCUGGCGGCGCCCGCGCCACCGGCCGCCGCUGUGAAGGGGAAGGAGCAGGAGCGGCAGCGCCCGCCGGUGGUGCUGUUCAACUUCGGCGACUCGAACUCGGACACCGGCGGCGUGGCGGCGGCCGGCGGCAUCCGGAUCAUGCCGCCGGAGGGCCGCACCUACUUCCGCCGCCCCACCGGGCGGCUCUCCGACGGCCGCGUCAUCAUCGACUUCAUCUGUGAGAGCCUGGGCACCCAUGAGCUGAAUCCAUACCUCAAGGGAAUUGGUUCAGACUACAGCAACGGCGCCAACUUCGCCAUGGCUGGCUCCACAGUGAGUCACGGUGUCUCUCCCUACUCCCUGAACGUCCAAGUCGACCAGUUCGUCUACUUCAGGCACAGAUCCCUUGAGAUGUUCGAACGAGGAUUGAAAGGCCCGGUGAGCAAGGAAGGGUUUGAGAACGCUCUGUACAUGAUGGACAUUGGUCACAAUGACAUGGUUGGUGUGGCGCAUACACCAUCUGAUCAGUGGGACAAGAAGAUCACCGAGAUCGUCGGCGAGGUCAGGAAGGCGAUUUCGAUUCUGUACGACAAUGGUGCGAGGAAGUUCUGGAUCCACGGCACCGGCGCCCUGGGAUGCCUGCCGGCAUUAGUGGUGCAGGAGAAAGGCGAGCACGACGCGCACGGCUGCCUCGCCAGCGUCAACCGGGCCGCCAAGGCGUACAACAAGAAGCUGAGCCAGCUCUGCGACGACAUGCGGUUCCACCUCAAGGACGCUACCAUCGUGUACACAGACAUGUUCGCCAUCAAGUACGACUUCGUCGCCAACCACACCAAAUACGGGAUUGAGUGGCCGUUCAUGGUAUGCUGCGGCAACGGCGGGCCUCCGUACAACUUCAAGCCGGGGAAGUUCGGCUGCGGUGACCUUUGUCCGCCGGAGGCGAAGGUGGUCAGCUGGGACGGCGUGCACUUCACAGAUUUCGGCAGCGGGCUUGCGGCCAAGCUUGCAAUGAGUGGCGAGUACUCCAAGCCCAGAGUGAAGCUAGCAAGCUUGAUCCAUGGCGGUUCCAAGAAAGCGUCAGACUCUUGAUGCGGAUCAGCUCGUCAUGACCUUCGGAUUCAUCUAUGGAUAAUGGAUUAUGGGGUGGCGAAGAACUGAAGAGGAAGGCUGUUGUGGAUGGAGAUAUUGCUUUAGAGUUCAGACUGUUUCUUGACGUCGAUUGACUCCUUGUACGCAGAAGGCAAAGUAGCAAUGGAGAUGCUCAGCUACAAGCAAAACUCAGGAGCUUUUUUUUGGAUUUUGUGGUACAGUCGUGCAGAGUAUAAAGACUUUGUACCUUGAUGUAUGUGUAUAGACUAUUUAUGAUAGUUACUACAAAGGUCCCAUAGUUCCCAAAGGAAAUCUGACAUAUUGACAUGUUUAUCAUUUCCUUUUUAAUUUGAAAAGAAAUAGGAAGCAAUGGAGCAUGUUUGGCCCCUCA